GAGAAAUCAUUCUGUUUCCCACAUUCUGAGAUCCCAAAUAAGGGGCAGCCGACAAUAACGAGGGCUUUUGGUUAAGGAGAGUGGUAGGAGCAGUGACGGUAUCUGGGCCAAAAGGGCAAUGUUCUACUCAUUGAAUUUCCCCCUCAACCCACAGGUCCUGAAACCUCAGCAGCAAGAGAGUUGUUCGAAGGAAAGAAGAGGUUGCAGAAUUUGGAUAUCGUCAUGCUGGGGACAUGCGUGCCGGGGCACUGGAAUUUCUGAACAGAAUUUAGAUCGGAUCCGGCGAACACAGACACAGGGCAUCCCAAUUGCUGAUAAUGUCCCAAGAGCACACGAAGAUGGUCCAGACUCAGCAAUCACUGACAUUCAAGGAUGUGGCUGUGAACUUCACCCGGGAGGAGUGGCAGCUGCUCGACCCUGCUCAGAAGACCCUGUACCAGGAUGUGAUGUUGGAGACCUACAGCAACCUGGUGUCCAUUGGGCAUCAAGUUAGGAAACCAGAUGCCCUCUCCAGGCUAGAACGAGGAGAACAGCCAUGGGCUAUCGUGCACAAAGGCGCUAGUGGAAUCUUCUCAGAAGAGCGAAGAAAAGUAGGUAAGUUGGGGAGGUUGGGGAAGUCAUAUUCCAAAAUCCAGGAAGUGAAUGAUUGUCUGCCCGGGCACUUCCCAAAGGAAAGAAGGGUGGACAGGAUGGAACAAUGCUAUGAAGAUAAUGCAUUGGAAAAUACUGUUCCUCGGCACAAAAACCUUUCUCCUUUAAGGGAAAAUCGUGGUAUAUUUGAUCUAUCUGAAAGACCUGUGAAAUCAAAUUUAGCUUCACCAGCCGUCCGUCAGAGACGAAGCAAUGUAGUAAAUAAGUCUGCCAAACUUCACAGAGGUGAAAAAGCCGUACAAGCCUUUCUUCAAGCUGGCCACAAGCAAUUUUGCACUGCAGUUAAAUUCCUUGAGAGCCAAAAUUCAAGCAGCACUGAAUCUCAAUACAUUAAGCAUCAGAAAACCCACAGAGUAGAGAAUCUGCAUGCAGGUAGGGAAUGUGGGAAAAUCUUCAUUAAAAAGUCCUUACUUGCUGAUCAUCAGAUCAUUCAUGCUAGAGAGAAACCCUAUAGUUGCAGUCUGUGUGGGGAAGCCUUCUUGAAAAACUUCAAGCUUCUUGAGCAUCAUCAUACAAUUCAUAAAGGACAAAAACUGUAUCAGUGCUCAGAAUGUGGCAAAGCUUAUCUCCAUAAGCCACAGCUCAAUGAACAUCAGAAAACACAUAUGGCAGAGAAGCCCUAUAUAUGCCAUGAAUGUGGAAAAGGCUUCAUCAGAAAGAGCCAUCUCACUAUUCAUCACCGAAUUCAUACAGGAGAGAAACCCUACAAACCCUACAUGUGUGGUGAAUGUGGAAAAUGCUUCAAACAUAAGGGAAGCCUCAUUAUACAUCAUCGAACUCAUACUGGAGAGAGACCCUAUCUAUGCAGUGAAUGUGGAAAAGGCUUCAACCAGAAGGGAAGUCUCAUUAUUCAUCAGCGAACUCAUACUGGAGAGAGACCCUAUCUAUGUGGUGACUGUGGGAAAGGCUUCAGCCAGAAAUUAUGCCUCGUAGCGCAUCAGAGAUUCCACACGGGCAAGACUCCCUUUUCAUGCAGCAAAUGUGGAAAAUCUUAUUCUCAACGGUCCAGCCUCAAUACACAUCAGAAAAUUCACACAGGAGAGAAACCCUUUAAUUGCAAUCACUGUGAGAAAGCCUUUGAAAGGAAAGGAGAGCUCAUUGUACAUCAAAGAUCUCACACAGGAGAGAAACCAUAUGGCUGCAGUGAGAGUGGAGAAUCUUUUGUCUGUGCUUCUCUUUUACUCACCCAAGAGAAAGCCCAAAGAGAGAACCAUGUAGAUUCAGCCGCGGUGGACAACCUCUCCACAACUCACAGAUCAUCACACAGCAGUGCUCACAGGCAGGAGGAGAUUCCUGUUAAUGCAGUGAAGAUGCAAAUGCCUUCAGUGGCAGCUAAGACAUCAGUCAACACCAAUGGGUUCCUUGCUAAUAGGAAUGUCGUCCUUAUGAAACAGCCUGCUGCUAGACAUGACGCCUUGGAAGAUAGCAGAGAAGUUUCACAGGAGAGAAAUCAUAGGAGUACAGCAAAUCCAGUAGUGCCUAUGAAUGCCGUGAAUGUGCUAGUACCUUCAGUGUCCAAUGGCAUUUUAUUUUAUGCCCCACAAAACCAGUAGGAUCAACUCGGAUACAUUCACUGGAAAAGAUGGUUGAGCAAAGAUUUCUACCUCAUUGUAUGCCUACAAAGUAUAUCCUGAACGAAAUCAUAGGAAUACAGAGAUUGGGAAAGCCUGAUACACACAUCCUAGGUAAACAUAUGCUUUCUUAUUGAGAGGUCAUCUUAUGUUAACACAAAUACAUGUGAGUCAGCUGUUCCAUUGUGCCAGUUACACAGAUGAAAGUUUGAGUUCAUUUCUGUUGAGCAAAUAAAUGCUGUACAAUUUUACACCAACAAGGGCAUUGGUUUUGGAAAUGUUGAUUUGAGUGUAAAUCCGCCUAGGAAGUGGUUGAUAAGUACAAAAAUAGCAUGGGGGCAGCAUCUGCCUCCUCUAACUUCACAAGGUGGACAGAGAAGUGUCAUUGUUAGCAUUAGCCCAAUGCGGAUUCCUUAUGAGGCAGAAGUCAGACCUGCCUCUAUCUUUGAGCCUUAUUUUCCAAAUCUGACACCAGUUGUCUCUACCACAGCAUGUUCUAUUUUUCUACUGAAUUCAGUAGCUCAUUGCAAUGAUAACUUGAACUUAUAAAGAACACUCACAGUUAUGGGGUUCGUUGGAGAAGUAAUAGGUUAUAAUUUGGUAUCAAAAUGACUCAAUAUAGUUCUCCAUUCAGGAUAGCCACUUCCCUCAUCCAUACCAAAAGGUAUGUCUCUGGGCCACGACCUCUCGGCCACUUGGCCUCUGCCCUGCUCAAGAAAAUGUUGCAACAUUCUUUUGAUUCUGCCAAUCAAUACUCAAAGGCGCCCCCAUUCCAUCAGCAAGCCUUGCCGGAAGGUGCUCAGCUUCAGUUCUGUGGGUCAGCAUAAUCAACUCCUCAAUCAAGUGCCUGGAGGGAUGACACUCUGCCAACCAGCUUCCUGCCUGUAGGCACUCAGCUUUCUCUCUGUGGGGCCAGGAAUCCCAUUGCUCAACCUCGCUCUAGUCUCCUGACUCUGACACCUCUGCUGCCUCCAUUUCUCUACUGCUACCUGUUCAUAUCUCUUGCUACCACAGGAGUCACUUCUCUAUGUCUUCAGGAUUGAAGAUGUUCAACAUAGGGAUCUUGGAUCCAAUGGAUUCACUCCACUUUUGACUCUUUUUCCAUGAUGGUAAUGAGAUGCUUUUUCUGCCUCUGGGAUGGCUCGUUUUAAACCUCGUGGGAUGACAAAAUUGACCAAUCUCUGUUUCCACGUGGUCCAUCAAAAGGAGCUGAGGUGAGCAUGUUACCAUACAAUGUGUCUAACUCCUUUAUUUUAUACCUAUCUCUCUUAUCCUCUAAGACUUUACUAUUAUCUCUAUCAUUGCCAUACAUUUGCACUUUCUGGUCCUUUGGUUGUUGGAGGCUGGUUUCCUCUGACACAUCACACACUUAUCUUGACCUGGUCCUGUUUCCAGUAGCUAAGGAAACAGUGGAAAGGAAAAGACCAAGCUCUCUUGUAGGCAAAAUUGAGUUAAAUUAGCUAUUAAGUGGACUCUUUCCACUUCUGCUAAUCCGUUCAAAGGAUGCAGUCACUCCAUGUGUCAAAGAGCCAUAGAAUAGUUGAUGGCAGGUGUGGAGUUGAGAGUUAUAAAGUGUUGAGAGUUAUAAAAGAGUGAAAAAUAACUUCUUAACCAUUUGGUGUCAAGAUCUAGUUGCCAUUUGGGAGG